UAAAAGUUCUCUACUACUCCACUCUACUCUUCACACUUUCUGCUUGAUCGCAAACCAACAAUCUUAUGGAAACAUAACUAAAUCAUUAAGUUAUUAAUAUUUAUGUCUUUCGCCAAACCUCUCAUUUUUAUCUUUCUGAAAUAUAUACAUGUUUAUCUGUGUUUUACAUUGUAAAUAAUUUUUUCUUAUUGUGUUAAAUAUCGAUUUCUAUUACUUUCUCAAAAUGUCAUCUGUUCAAGUUUGCGUUGAAGCCCAACAAGAAUAUCAAGUACAAGAAAUAACUUACGAUGGUCAAGAAAUCUAUUCACAGCCUCUUUCUAUGUCAGAAAACCUGACACGUCUUGCUCAUAAAAUAGAUUUCGGGAAGACUGACAAUGAAUUACAAACAACUGAAACUGUAGAAGAAGAAAGCAAAGAAUUAGCUACAUUUCAAGCUUCAUUGUGGCCAUGGGAUUCAGUUCGAACGAAACUGAGGUCAAUGUUAACAGAAGUCUGUGUUUUAGUGGAUGUUUUAAAUAUAUCAAAAGAAAAACAUUAUAUGGUUCUUGAUCCUGUCUCUCAAGAUCCUCCUGAUCCCAAGCCUUUUGUUGUUCUCCUUCAAAAGAAAAAAGCUUUAGCUAAUGCUGCUAGUAUAAUUUUAAGAGGUGCUGAGCGUUUACGCGAUUCCCAAUGUGAAAAUACUAGAAACCGUGCAAUUUCUGAUUUUCAUCUGGAACUACUUCAUAUGCGACAAGUCUGGAGGUUAAAGAAAGUGGGAAAUAAUAUUUUAGGAGACCUGAGUUAUCGUAGUGCUGGCUCUAGAUUUUGGCAGUCUGGUGUCUUUGAAGUUACCAAAACAGAAACAUCAGAUAAUGCUGUCGUACCUGUUCCUCCAAGUGUUCCAUUAAGGGGCAAUGCAAUUAAAGUAAACUUACCAAAUGAACUGGAAGGAGUCAGCUAUAUCCAGGUCUCUAUACAAAAUGAUACUGAAACAAUUGCGAGCGGGGAACUCACUAUUCCUGUUACACCGAAUAGCCUUGCACCUGAUAUUAAUUGGCAACAAAAGCUAGAAGCUGCCCAAAAUGUGUUAUUUUGUAAAGAGCUUUUUUCUCAACUUGCGAGUGAAGCUGUUCAAAUGCAGUCGAGUAUCCCAAAUUUGGUUGUUGGUAAUCAAAUAACUACCUCACUUUUCCCUGGUGUUCAGCUUAGCAUUGGGUUGUGUCACACAAGUGUUCAAGAUAGAGUGAAGCCAGCCCCUGGGACUCAAAGUAAUGAGCACAAACCAGUUCUAGAACAUUCACUUCAUCAGCUGUUGCGAGAAUUACACUAUAAUGCAAUCCAUCACCCUAUGCCUCACCCAACUACUUCAUCCCUUGGUAUUAGUAAGCGCAGAAGGUUAGCUGGACCUGAAGCAUCAGACAUUGAAACAAUUCGACGAUCAAUUGAAUAUGAAAGUUUACUAGAUCAGAUUAUAAAGCAAACUCGUCAUGUUGUCCUUCGUUUAAGAACUAUGUACAUAAUUGAUACAUUUGCGUGCGAAAUAAAAGAUCCUUUGAUAGUAGCCCACUGGCUGUGUUUAAAUAGCCCAACUUUAAGCAGUGUUAAGAUCAAUAUUAUGACUUAUGGAUACGAAACUAUGUGCAGAACACCUCUUGUUAUACAUGUAGAAGAAAAAAAUCUGAAAGCUAUUUGUAGGGAUGGACGAACAAUGAUGCUUUCAUAUGAGGCACAAGAGCUCCGAUAUUUAUUAAUGUGCCAGGCUUCUCAACAUCAAGUUAUUGCUGCUCAAGCUUUAGCGAAAUUGAUGGGCUGGAAAGUGCUAUCUUCUGGUAUUAAUUUAGGUGUUGGAAGUGUAGAACCAACAGGAAAUGCUUCUUCUGUUCUAAUGACUUCUCCUACUGGUGAUAGGGUCAUUGCUCUUCGAUGCAGUCCGAAAAAUGGCAUUCAUGUCAGUGUUUCGUUUUCUCCACAAACUACAGACUUUUAUCCCAGUACAUUAGUACGAGACAGAAAAUGGCAAAACUUAUCUGGGAGCUUCAGAGAAGUCAUUUUAGAAAAAAUGGAAGGAAAAAACUUCUUAAACAAAUUAGAGCACUUAAUGGCAGCACUAACUCCUUGUUGAGUUUUUUUUUUUUUCAUAAAGGUGGUGUAAACAUCCAUUGCAGUUGCUGAUAAUCAGCAGGUUCAAAACAUUUUAUAGAGUUUAAGACAAUUUUAUCACUGAUUUGAAUGCAUCGUCAUAUGCAUAUUGUAUAUUCAGUGAAACCUAUACAUGUAAGAAUUUUAAAAUUUAUUACUUUUCAUAAGCAUGUUAAUGAAAAGUAACACCAUAUUUGCAGCAGUAUCUUUAAAAUGACUGCAAUGUAAUUUUUCAUAGUGAAUGUAAAUGUAUGUAAAUAAAAUUUCAUUAUAUUUUUCA